GAGGGAGAUAGGGGGAAGAAACUAAGCAAAUAUAACAUAAAAGGACCAGCCUUUUAACAGCUCAUCAGAACAAGAAACUUCUCUAUAGUACUUCUCCAUCUUCAUCUUCCUCCAUUUCCCCUUCCAAAUACGCUUUGGAAAGCGAAUGGCUCGUAAAGCAGACCUGUUUUUUCUGAUCUUAUUUGUAGUGUGCUGCAACACUUGCUCUAGUACCAGCCCCGAGGCCGAAAUCCUCAUCAAGUUCAAGAGCUCUCUGUCGAACAACACAGCGUUGGACAACUGGGACGCGUCGAUCGACAUCUGCAGCGACGAUGCAAGUACGAGAGGCAAAUACUGGACUGGCUUGACCUGCAAGAAUGGAGCUCUGUUCGGGAUACGGCUAGAGAACAUGAGUUUGUCCGGUGUCAUCGACAUAGACACGCUUGCGAACUUGUCGUCUCUGAGGAGCUUGGGCUUCAUGAACAAUAGCUUUCAUGGUCCAAUGCCUCCGGUGAAGAAACUGGGCCCGUUAAAAGCUUUGUAUCUUGCAUACAACAAGUUCUCUGGGGCGAUAUCUGAUGAUGCUUUCCAAAACAUGAGAUCGUUAAAAACGGUGCGUUUAGAGGAGAAUGAGUUUAAGGGGCGGAUUCCUGGUUCUCUUUCGAGUUUGCCAGCGCUGGUGGAGCUGAGCCUUGAAGGGAAUAAAUUUGAAGGCCAAAUCCCAGAUUUUAUUCCAAGGGAUUGGUUGUUGUUCGAUUUGUCCAAUAACCAAUUGGAGGGUUCAAUUCCUUCUGGCUUGGCCAAUAUCGACUCCAACGCAUUUGCAGGGAAUAAAGAUUUAUGUGGACAACCUCUAAGCCGAUGCAAGUCCCCAAAGAAGUGGUACAUCCUCGCCGGCGUCACCGUCGGAAUCGCCGUCUUAGCGAUCAUCGUCAUUUACCACCGCUACCGCCGCCGCAGAGCUCUAUCAUUAUUGGCGGAAGAGCAGGCCGAAGAUUCAAAAGCCCACGAUAAAUUGGGCUUUGUAAAGGCCCAAUAUCCUGAGAAAACAGAAGAAAAUGCAAAGCUUCAGUUCGUGAGGACCGACAGGCCCAUAUUUGACUUGGAGGAGCUGCUGAAGGCCCCAGCCGAAGUUCUGGGCGGCGGGAGCUUUGGGUCGUCUUAUAAGGCCCUGCUUUCAAAUGGGCCCCCAGUGGUUGUGAAGAGGCUCCGGCCCAUGAAAUGCGUUGGGUUCGAAGAGUUUCACGAGCACAUGGGAAGGCUGGGCAGAAUAUCGCAUCCCAAUUUGCUUCCGCCGGUGGCUUUCUAUUAUAGGAAUGAAGAUAAGCUUCUGAUUUCUGAGUUCAUGGGGAACGGUAACUUGGCUGAUCAUCUUCAUGGUCAUGCCCAGCGCACUCCUGGAAACAUUGGGCUGGACUGGCCCACUAGGCUACGGAUCAUCAAAGGAGUGGCCCGAGGCCUGGCCCAUCUUCACAUGGAGCUACCGGGCCAGGCCCUACCCCACGGCCAUCUCAAAUCCUCAAACGUCCUUCUA